UAGGAAGCUACUUAAAAAUAAUGGGUCAGUUGACUUCAAUUUGGGGCUGAGGCCCAAAUUACUUAGAACAGAAUAUCUCAUAAUAAUAAUCUCAUAAAAUUACUUUCCAAUUAAUUACCUUUGGCUUCUGUUUAAUCAUUCACCGUUCUUCCUAGUUCCUCCAUAUACACACAUCCAGCUCAGGAUAUGAUAAGUCGGCUGAGCGAUGAAACUCUCAUUGAUAUUCUUUCAUAUCUUUCCCUCAAAGAAGCAGUAAUGACCAGUGUCCUAUCUCGUAGAUGGAGAUACUUGUGGAGGUAUACUUACCGCAGAUGGGACUUUGAUGUUUCAAAUAACACUUCACUCUUCUUAAUGUCAUGCAACGGUAAUCCUCGACACGUAGUGAGGUCGAAAUACGUGCAAUGGGUUAGUACUGUCCUGCAAUUGCAUCUUGGUUCUCAUCUGGAUGAGCUUAGGAUCCGCUUUGACAUGGACAAUGUGAUCAGGAAUUCACCAGGACUUGUGUGGUGGCUUGUUUUUGCCUGUCUAAAAAGGGUUCAGAGGCUUGAGGUGGACUUGUCAAAUAGAUUGGGCAUCAAUACUUUGCGAGAGGACAAGGCCCUUUUCCCUUCUCCAGCUGGUCUCAGUCUCUACCGCUGCUGCAAAUUGAACCUCCCGCCAUCUCCUUUCCCAUGUCCUAUUCUGGACUUCUCUUCCCUCAUAUCUCUUUCUCUAAAUUAUGUUAACGUUUACGCAGAUACUCUUGCUCACUUGCUAUCAAACUGUCCAUUACUCCGACAUUUAAGUGUUAAAUCAUCUGAUACUAUGUAUUCUUCUAACAAGAAUCUCCCGCCAUUCAAGUCCACAUCUUUGGAGUCUCUUGAAAUUGUACAGAGCAAUUUUAUGCAAAAGGAAAUGGAGAUAUGUGCACCAAACCUUGUCUCAUUUGCUUUUGUUGGACGAAACAUUGCCAUAUCUUUUAAGAAUGCUGUUUCUUCUUCUCUCACUGAGCUCACUGUUGGCAUGGAUUAUGGUGUGUCUUUUCUACUUGACCCCUUUAAGCAGCAUUCCAUCUUUCUUUCACAAAUCGAGAAACUUAAAAUGGUGUUUAACGAUACUGCGAGGUGUUUUUUGGGUAAAACCGUGCCAAGCAAGUUUCCAAAUAUGAAUAAUUUGAAAUAUUUGGAAGUGAGAUGGGAAGCAUCUGGCAGUAGCAGUUUCCUGUUUCCCUUAACUUUGGUAAAGGCAGCUCCUUCACUGUGCACAUUAAAGAUAGAGAUGGUUCUGUCGCAGCCCUUUGCAUCUGAGGCAGAGUUGGAUAGAGAGCAUCCUGUAGCAACAAGAACUCAACACAAAUGCUUAAAGAGAGUUGAGUUGGUGGGAUUUUACUCAUGUGCCGUUACUCUUUGCAUGCUUUCUCGCUUGAUUAACAUUGCUGGUGUGUCACUGGAGAAGGUGAUGAUCAAAUUUGAUGCGGAGAAUCGUUCGUUCUUUGCGCUUCAGCGGCUUAAAGCCGUCACGGACAACCUCUCUUCAACGGUUGAGUUAAUGGUUUCAUAGAUAUGCUUUAAUGGAACUCACCCAACACACUACUUUCUUACAGAAUCAACAUAACAAUUCAACCAAGUAGUCAUUUUAAUCUUUGCCGGCUCUGUUUCUUUUGAGCAAGUGGGGUUGCUAAGUCCCUUGUUUCAAAAGUAUGAGUAUAAGAAGUGUUUUGGAUUAGGAAACAUUAUUACAAUUAGAAGUUAACUAGUAUUCCGACUGUGCGUCGCAGAGGAUGUAAUAUCUUAUAUUAUAAAUGUUACUCCGUAAUAUGUAAAAUCAAUUAUAAAUUAUAUUAUUAUUGCCGCAAAAAAGUGGGAAAAUGUAAAUAAAUAAUUAAAAAUGAAUAUUAAAACUGUAAUAAGUCAAGUACAUUAUGGUCUGAUGGCAUCACUGCAGAUCUUCCAAAGAGGCGGUUGCAGAUUCGAGUCUCAUCCCAAUCAAGGAUGUUGGCAUUAACUAGAGCAGAUACUAUAGUAUAGUAUGUUUAAAAGAAUGUCCCAAAAAAAUGGUAAUAAACGCACACGUUACAAACUAAACUUAUUGUGUUCUAGUUUUUUUAAAAACACCUUUUCGGUUACAACCAUUUUUCGUGAUUAUAGACUAAUUUUCCAUCUACAUAGUCUAUAAUCAUUAUAUAUAAAUGUUUUUUAUUCAUUUUAACCCGUAACUUUUAAUUAUACUUCUUAUACUUGUACUUGAAAAAAAUUGGGUAUCUUUAUAAGUUAUUGAAAAGCUCUGGAUUACUAAAAAGUUGUUACUAUACUAAAAUCAAUUUUCAAAAACCACCGACUUUUAUUAUUAUCAAUUUUGAUACACUCUCCCCAUUAUAUUUUAUUUCUCACUUAUUUGUUUUUGAAAAUUUAUUCAUUUGUUUUCACAUUUCAAUACAUUUUCAUAUAUGGAAACUAUUUCCUACUUAUUCUACUUCCUACUUUUCUAAUUUUUCUCUUUCAUGUUUUUGAAAAGUGGUACUAUCUAUGUUUUAGAUAUU